GCGGGAUUUCCGGCCGCUGUUCCUUCAGCUGCCUUUUUCGGGCGUUUCCCCACAACCUUCUUAACUUCCCUCGUCCGUGACUGCGCCCGGGAGAAAUCCGACGGGACAGGGAUCGAGGGAACGUGAACUGCAGCAGCAAAGUUGGUACUUCCAAGCAGGCAUCUAUUGGAACACUGAAGAAUAAAGCAAGCAGUGUGUCCUGGGAGGUGAGUCAGCAGAAAUGGAGCCAGAUUUUAAGAUGGAUGCACAGAGUUCAGCCAAAGUCAACACAAGGAAGAGGAGGAAAGAGGUACCUGGACCCAAUGGGGCAACAGAGGAAGAUGGGAUUCCUUCUAAAAUGCCACGCUGUGCAGUUGGCUUACGGCAGCCAGCUCCUUUUUCUGAUGAAAUUGAAGUAGACUGUAGUAAGCCCUAUGUCAGGGUAACUAUGGAAGAAGCCAGCAGAGGAACUCCUUGUGAGCGACCUGUAAGAGUUUAUGCAGAUGGAAUAUUUGACUUAUUUCAUUCUGGUCACGCCCGGGCUCUGAUGCAAGCGAAGAACCUUUUCCCUAAUACAUACCUCAUUGUGGGAGUUUGCAGUGAUGAGCUAACACACAACUUCAAAGGCUUCACCGUGAUGAAUGAAAACGAGCGCUACGAUGCAGUGCAGCACUGCCGCUAUGUGGACGAGGUGGUGCGCAAUGCCCCCUGGACCCUGACACCGGAGUUCCUGGCAGAACACCGGAUCGAUUUUGUAGCCCAUGAUGACAUCCCUUAUUCUUCUGCUGGAAGUGAUGAUGUUUAUAAGCACAUCAAGGAAGCAGGCAUGUUUGCUCCAACACAAAGGACAGAAGGUAUCUCCACAUCAGACAUCAUCACCCGAAUUGUCCGGGACUAUGAUGUGUAUGCCAGACGGAACCUGCAGAGGGGCUACACGGCAAAGGAGCUCAAUGUCAGCUUUAUCAACGAGAAGAAAUACCACUUGCAGGAACGGGUUGACAAAGUAAAGAAGAAAGUGAAAGAUGUGGAAGAAAAGUCAAAAGAAUUUGUCCAGAAGGUAGAGGAAAAAAGCAUUGAUCUCAUUCAGAAAUGGGAGGAGAAAUCCCGAGAAUUCAUUGGAAAUUUCCUGGAAAUGUUUGGUCCAGAAGGAGCACUGAAACAUAUGCUGAAAGAAGGGAAAGGCCGGAUGCUGCAGGCCAUCAGUCCAAAGCAGAGUCCCAGCAGCAGCCCUACUCGUGAACGCUCCCCCUCGCCCUCUUUCCGAUGGCCCUUCUCUGGCAAGACUUCCCCUCCUUCCUCCCCAGCAAACCUCUCCAGGCACAAGGCUGCAGCCUAUGAUAUCAGUGAGGAUGAAGAAGACUAAUUUUUCAUCCCUCCUUUCCUUUCCCCUCCCCAUGUCCCAUCACCUUCAGAAGCUCUCUGUUGAAUUCCAAAUUGUGGUCCCAACAAUAAACCUAAAGACAGCUACAAAGGAAAGACAAUUGGGGCAAGAGGACCUCAGAUGGGGGGAGCAGACAGCCCAUCCUCCAAGAGACAUCACCCACCCACACCGAGGAGGCUGACCACACCUUAGAAGCCUGUUCUGCAUCCGUGUACCCUUCCCACGGACUUUGCUUUACUGUUUAUGUUCAUGUGACCUUGACAGGGAAAUUGUCAUUUUAUUAAUUUUUUUAAAAAUCAGUCCUUUAACUACAAUUAAUAGAACUAAUUCUUUUGCUCCUCAGGAGUGGGCAAAAGGAACUGGUACAAUACCCAGAGGCCUUUUCUUCCUGAUACACUAUAGGGUUUGCCUUCUGUUCUGAGGCAAACUGGCUGGCCAAGUCCUUCCAGCACUGGCCAUGCUGAUGAGUGACUUUGGGGCAGGCAGGGGCUGGGGGGAUAUAGUUUUGGUUUCCUUAAAAAAAAAUACUAAAAGCCGGGUAAUUGUCACAAAUCCCCUAACAGUGUUGCUGGCACAUGUGCCGGUGUGUCUGUGAGAAGAAGAAGAGCUAAGCCUAACUGUUCUUGCUCCCUGAGGAGUUUCUUGAUGGACCCAGUGGGGUCCCUGAAGACACUGAUGGCAUCAGCUCUGGCUUUUCUGCUGUGUUCAUCUUCUCAGAAAAUUCUAUUGCCCGGCUAUUUGGGAGCUCUUGUUGAUCUCUUUCCUGGAAUCUAUUGUUAAAGGAAGGGACACUUCCAGGUUUACUGUGAUUGUGGAGGGGAGUGGGACAAUACUCAAUCCUACACAAAGUUAUUUCAGGUUCCUUUUCCCCCUGGAGCAAGUCCCUGGUCCUGCUGCUCCUAUUUCUGUGCUCAUUACCUAGCUUUUUACAAAAGGUGCUUUGUAAAUGUCUGCAAUGUCAACAUGAUCUCUUAAUCCACAUUGCUCACAUCAAUUGAAUAUUUAGAGAGAUUUGCAUAGAGCUUUAGGUGUAAAAGCAUAAGAGAACAUCCACCUUCCUAUCUUGACUCUGCCCCUCUUAAGAAUGUUCUUGACUGGAACCAGUGCCCCACAGGGUUUGUUUUCCUCUGAGAGUGGCAGCUGGCAGGGACUUACUUCCCUCCACCACCCCUUCCAGUGAGCUACAAAGAAGGGUUCCCAUUACAAGGAUAUGGUAAGCUCUCUCCCUCCCUUCCACAUGUGCCUGGUGGUUAUGGCCUCACCUCUCCUGUUAGGUUCCCUGGGGGGAUUCAUCACUUAAAUUUCACAUCAGAGAAUGCUGAAGCUUGACGCUUGCUGUUGGGCUUGAGCUCAUUUUAAACCUCCAGCAUCCUACAGCUACAUGACUUAGCAGAUCACCAUCCAUCAGUAAUCCUGUAGCUGGGUUUAGGGGAAGACUGCUUCCGUCCAGGCCCCACCCUGUCACUCAUAAAUACCCCUUGUGGGGGUGGAGUUUUAGUGUUUUCAGCUAAGAAAACCACAUUUUAUCUUGCCCAUGCUAGGGCUGUGAGUAUGUCAUAGUCAUCUCCCUUAAUACUUCCUGGUGGGAAAACCUGCCUGCCUGCACACUGGACCAACUAGGUUCUCAAAACCUAGGAUCACCCAGAGGCAGAGCAUGGCAGAGUGUAGGGACACAGAGGGGAACCUCUUGUCCUGAUGGCCUGUGAAAACUACAUUUCUAUCUCUUCUCAUGAAGUGCUACUUUUACUAUCAAAUCUGGUUUACACGAGCUUUGGCUUGGCAUCCUUUUUUUUUUUUGAAAUAGGUGAAGUUGAUGUUUGCCUACAUUGCCCAGCCUCAUAUGAUCACGUUUUAACUUUUCAGCUUUAAUCUUCCUUCUUUGGGAAUUUUACCUAUUUCCUUCUUAUUCCCCCUGAUACAGAAAGGUAGUGAAGUCACCUCUGAAGCCCACCUACUUGUUCCCUCCGGGUACCCAUUAUGCUGUAUAUUUUGAAAGGGAGAUGCCCAGAAGGUGGUUUUCCUCCCUGUAGUCACUCCUCUCAAGGAUAUUGUCUGCGUCUCUGAGCUAUGGGCCCUCCUCCUCUGCUCUGUCAUUGGGCGGCUUUUGGCAUACCUGGCCCUUGGAGUGUGACCUCUAGGCUGAAACCUCUGUGAGAUUCCUAGUGCCAGCACGUGCACACAUUCUUGGAAAACUCCUUUGCCCCUUUUGGUUGGUGAGCCUCUACAGCCUCAGUCUCUUAACACUAGUAUAUUUCAAUAAUUUUGACUGAAAGUAAAAACUUUUAUGGCAUGGCAUGUUAGAUACUAUGGGAUAAAUGUGAUCCUAGGUGCUGGAUAAGGAUGGUGGAUGCAGGAAGCUGUUGGGAUGAUGCAUUGUUUGAUAAGUUGUGCCUAAUUAAAUGGGGUUAGUGGUUUGCAUUACCACAGCCAUACCUGUGACUUGUAAAGCUAGUAUAAUGUUUGAGGUUGUGGAGCUAUUUCUCUGAAUGCCACACACAAAGCUGUCAGCCUAAAUAGGCCAAGUGUGGCAGAGAUGGUAGAUCUUUAAAAUCUGAUUGGCCUCAGUCUCUCUGAGUUGGCCCCACUGUGCAAGAUGGAAGGAGAAUGGAGAAGGAAGCCCUAUCACUGGGGCCAAGGAGGUGCCAUUUCAGCAGUUCCUUGGAGAGGAGAUGAGCAGGAAGUUUGAUUUUUUUAUAAACUAGGCUCAGUAGCACUGAAAAAUAGAGGCUUAAACUUUAGAGGAAUAGAAAUGGAUCAUUUGUACUGCUACAGCUGCUUCUGAUAGCUCCAGUCAAAGACCAUUAUUUUGCUGAGACUUGGGUAAAAAGGUUGGGGAUGUGAGGAGGCUGAAAAUCCUGCAAAGGAGAAAAUAUAUGAGUGAGGGCAAGAGAACUUUUGACCUUUUCUGAUUGCUGAUAACUUCUUGGGCAACACCUGAGUUACAUUUUUAAAAUUUUACUGUGACCUCACAGCUGGUUAGCAGUUUCUGGGUAUUCCCUCUAAAAUAGAUCUUCACAGUUCUUUUGUUACUCUUUCUUCAUUAUUUUGAUUUGUGGGUAACUUUUGAUUUUUCUGGAGCUUAUUGCCUAAUCUUCUUCCAGAUCUCAUAUUUAAAAUCUUUCCAAAUCAAUUAUACUUUGCUGAUUUUCUUUAAUUCCUAAAAGCCAUAGCUUCUACAUUUUCUGUCAGCAUACACUCUUACCAGAAGUUGAACCAAUACAUGCAGAAAAAAAAAUACUCCCUUAACAAUAUUUUUAACUGAUGGUAUUUUUUAAGCUUACCAAUAUAAGUAUUUUUGAAGGUUAUAUAUUUUCAAAUCAUACGAUGAUUAUUCUUGUUUUCUCUUGUAGAAUAGAUUGUCAUGGGGUAGAGAGUGGUCCCUAGCUUCUAUUUAUCCAAAUAAGUAGAGCAUGUUCUCAGGAUUAUACUAUUAAAUGCUAAUUUUCUUUAAAAGAAGAAAGAUUUUUCUGUCUGCCAAACUUCAUACUCAGAUUGGGGUAGAAAAGUAUGAGGCUUAACAUUAAGUAAGGAUUACUCAGGUUGUGGUCCUUUAGGUUUGAAGUGGGAUUUCCCACCCUCUUUCAGAGGCACUGACUGUCUUGAACACAGAGACUUGAUUGGGUGGAUUUUAUGUUUUUUGGUAUUGAGGAACCUGAAGAAAAAAAAUAGCCUUGCAAAGAAAUGCUGGCCUCAGCACGAAAGUUAACCCCAUCCAUCACCAGAGCUGACAUCCACAGGAAUGUUUUCCUCAACUGGUGUUCAGUAUAUUGUUUUCCUGUCUGAGUGUUAUUAACUUGUUCAGAGUUAUUUUGGCUUUUGUCAUUUAGCCAAAUAAAAGCAAAGUGGUUUUACCUAA